AUGGUCACAUCAGAUGAGACCACACCAGGCUGGGCUUUCACUGACAUGGUCCCAUCAGAUGAGACCACACCAGGCUGGGCUUUCCAUGACAUGGUCCCAUCAAAUGAGACUACACCAGGCUGGGCUUUCCUUGACAUGGUCCCAUCAGAUGAGACCACUCCAGGUUGGGCUUUCCUUGACAUGGUCCCAUCAGAUCAGACCACACCAGGCUGGGCUUUCCCUGACAUGGUCGCAUCAGAUGAGACCACACCAGACUGGGCUUUAUCUGACAUGGUCGCAUCAGAUGUGACCACACCAGGCUGGGCUUUCCCUGACAUGGUCCCAUCAGAUGUUGAUGUUCUGAACUCCUGGGUAACAAGUAAUAUUAAGAAGAAAGAAUGUGUGACUUUUAUCCCACAGGCAGCAGAUGAAGGAAUGACCUGCGGCUGCGGCCAAACCAGAGAGUUACACAUCCAGGAACCCGCAGAUCCUGAUGUGUCUCCAGGAUCCAUGUGGGACCCUCAGACAUGUGUCACAGAAUUCCCUAGUGAUUGCCAUGGAGAUAUGACCUUCACAGGAACCAGCAGGACAUGGGCACAGUAUGUGCGGGCAUCAUGCGACACUGCACCCAAUGUAUUGUAUGACCUCAUGAUACAACAAUGGGAUCUCAGUGCACCCAGGCUUCUCAUAUCAGUGAUUGGAGGGUCCAAGAAUUUCAGCAUCAGCCCAAGACUGAAAACUCAGUUCAGCCGGGGCCUUGUGAGAGCAGCAGAGAGCACAGGGGCCUGGAUCAUUACCGGAGGUUCUCAUGCUGGGGUGAUGAAGUAUGUGGGAGAGGCUGUGCGGGAUUUCAGUGGAAGCCAACAAGAUGUUGUCCUGAUCGGCAUCACCUCCUGGGGCACCGUCCAUAACAGGAAAUACCUGCUCAGCGCAGCGGGCGGAGCUCCAGCACUGUACCCAAUGGAUGUAGGAUCUCAGGGGGGCCUGCGCUGUCUGGAUAACAACCACACGCACUUUAUUCUGGUGGACGAUGGGACACACGGACGAUGUGGGGUGGAAAUUCCAGUGAGAACUCAGCUGGAGGAAUUCAUCUCUCAGCAAACGAUGCAGAUAGGAGAAACUACUAUAGAGAUCCCUACAGUGUGUGUGGUGCUGGACGGGUGCCCUGAUACCCUUGAUACCAUUUACAACUCCAUGUGUAAUAACACCCCAUGUGUCAUCGUGGAAGGAUCCGGGCGUGUUGCAAACAUUAUCUCAGAGGUGGCAAAUCUUGGUUCUUCCAAAAUCACCAUUUCCCUCAUCAAGGAGAAACUACAGAACUAUUUCCAGGAGUCGUACGACACCUUCACCGAAACUCAGAUUAUCACCUGGACCAAGAGAAUACAGGAUAUUGUCUGCAUGGGAUCUCUGCUGACCAUCCUUCGGGAGGAGAACGAUGAAGACCAAGGGAUGGAUGUGGCCAUACUCCAAGCAGUCCUGAAAGCGUCUCACAGUGAUGAUGGAGGACAGGAGAAUUGGGACCGUCAGCUGAAACUCGCCGUGUCCUGGAAUCGGGCAGAUAUUGCAGAGAUGCAGAUAUUUACUGAUGACAGGAUCUGGAAGCCCGCUGAUCUUUACCCCAGUCUAAUGGUGUCAUUGAUUGAAGAUAAACCUGCCUUUGUCCACCUCUUUCUGGAUCAUGGAGUGUGUCUCUCGGAGUUCCUCACCACAGAAAGGCUCAUAUGUUUGUACAAUAACACCGACCCGUCCACUCUGAUUUAUAUCAAACUUGUGAGUCUGGCCACUGGUGAAGGAUGGAGUGAAGUUGCGCAAUCCACCAUUGGACUACAUCAUGUGUCCGGUAUCCUGCAAGAUCUUCUGGGAAAGCUUGUUGAGCCAUUGUACCCAGGUGCACCAUAUCGUGGCACAUGGAGCCUGUUUAAUGGAAACAUCAGGGUAAGUAUGAAUGACAUAGUGGACGUAAUGAAUGGAGACCCACAACAUCUGAAAUACCCUGUACGUGAUCUUCUCAUCUGGUGCAUUGUCCAGCAUCGUGCAGAACUUUCAGAGAUCUUCUGGAACCUGACACAGGACAGUGUAGCUGGGGCCCUUCUGUGCACUAAGAUCCUAAGAGAACUGGCUAAAGAGGAGGAGGGCAUGGCAAACACGGAGGAAAUGACCUCACUGGCUGAUGUGUAUGAGAAGCGCGCUGUGGGAGUUUUUUCUGAAUGUUUUUCUAAUGACGAGAAACUGUCUGACAAUCUCCUGACACAUGUAUCUGCUGAAUGGGGAAACGCCUCCGUCCUAGAACUGGCUCAGGAGGCCGAUGCUCAGAUCUUCAUGUCUCAGGUUGGAGUUCAGUUAUUGCUCACGAAGGUCUGGUGGGGGCGGCUGUCGGCUGAUAAUGGAUUUUUGCAGGUCUUGCUGUGUAUGUUUCUGUUUCCGCUCAUCUACAGUGGUCUCCUCACCUACAGACCCAGACCCUACAGCUGUCUCUGGAAGAUCAUGGCCUUCUUCAACGCCCCAAUAAUCAAGUUCUAUUAUAAUUAUCUGUCAUAUAUCGGUUUCCUGGUGCUCUUUGCUUAUGUCCUGAUAGUUGAUUUCCAGACGUAUCCAUCUUGGAGAGAAUAUCUCUUGUACGCCUGGGUAAUAACCCUCCUGUGUGAGGAGCUGCGACAGUUAUUUUAUGAUCCCGCCCAGUACGGGUUUGUGACAAAUGCAUACCGCUACAUCACCAAUUUCUGGAACCAGAUAGAAGUACUUGCAUUGUGUUUCUUUGCUGUGGGGGUCAUCUGCAGAUUGGUCCGCACUGAUACAGUAUAUCUGGGCCGGGUAUUUCUCUCUGUGGACUACAUAUUCUUCUGUAUUCAUCUCAUGCAAGUCUUCACCGUCAGCAACGUCAUAGGGCCUCAGGUUAUCGUUUUUCGCAGAAUGCUGAAGGAAAUUUACUUCUUCAUCUUCAUUUUGUUAAUUUUGAUGGUGGCCUAUGGGGUUCCAAAGCAGGCGAUCCUAUAUAUUAACGAAACACGGUGGGACUGGAUCUUCCGCCAUGUCCUCUAUUAUCCCUACCUAUUACUUUAUGGGGAUCUUCCAUUAGACGUGGACGGUUUGAACUUUGACGUUACACAAUGUACCCAAAAUACCACUGAAUCCGAUCUUCCUCUGUGUGUCUACAAUGAUGGUACCGGGAACCCUCUAUUUCCACAAUGGCUGACCAUAAUCCUUUUGUGUCUGUUUCUCAUCCUUGGCACCCUUCUUAUGAUGAACGUUCUGAUUUCUAUAAUAGCUUUUGUACUUACCGACGUUGAGAGUCACGCAGAUCAGCUCUGGAAGUUCUAUCGCUUUGGUCUAAUAAAAGAAUACAAUGAUCGCCCAGCUUUACCACCACCAUUCAUCGUAUUUUCCCAUCUGUACCUUCUCCUGAAAUGCGCCAUCUGUAGACAACCACCAUGGGGCUACAAAGCACUGAGACGCGUGCUAGAUGAAUGCCAGGAGUCAUCGCUGCUGUCCUGGGAAUCCUACAUGAAGGACAACUACCAGUACAAACAGCAACAGCAACAACAGGAAAGCCAGGAAAAUCUGGUGAAGGAAACAUCCAAGAGUGUGUCGGCAGUGCUGCGUCUGUUACAGGUGGAGAAAGAGGGUGAGCUGGAGGGACGCUUGGGAGCGCUGGAGGAGCGGAUUAUAAGUGUUAUAUAUAGGGCAAUCCUUCGGGAUGUCAUCUCCAGUUUUCGUCUAAACAAAAUCUUUAUUAUGGAGCAACUUGGCCACUACUUUUUACUAUCUAUGGUCUUCAAAGAGUGA